GUGUUCUUGCUUUAGGGGAUUCCUAUUCCACCCCCUCCUCUAGCCUAAUAAGGUCUCAAGGACAUGAUAACAUGGCAUCCAAAGCCCUUUCUAUAUGCUUCCUUUGAUUCUUCAAUUUUUCUUUCUUUCUUCUUCUUCUUCUUCUUGUUGUAUUAGAAAUAGAACAAGACAAGUUAGGAUGAACGAUUGGGCUGCUACUCUCAUAGCUUCGGCGCUGUUUGCACUUCUGACACCAGGAACACUCUUUCAAAUGCCCGGAAGGAAUCGGCCGUUUGAUUUUAUGAACAUGAAGACUAGUAUUGCCUCCAUAUUUGUGCACACAGUUCUCUACGGUUUGCUUCUCAUUUUGUUUCUUGUUCUUCUUCACAUUCACCUCUACGUCUAGGCUGCUAGCUAUAGCCUAUAGGACAAAGAGUUUGAUGCUCUACUCUCUUAUUUUACUGCUUUUCUUUUUAUAUCCAUGCAUGUAAGCCCUCAUGAAAUCAGAAUCAUGAACAUGAAGAUAUUAUAUCGUUUUCAGCUUAGGUUUUCAA